AUGAAACUUGAUUAUAAAGGCAAAAUAUAUGUAUUAGGUGUGCAAAAAACUUUGUAAGAGAUGAAAAAUAAAAUAUUCGAAUUAAUUUAAGAAUUAGAAAAAAGAGAAAUAAUUAUUUUUAUUUAAUAGAAAGAAACUAAAUUUUUGCUUUAAGAAAAAAAUUAUGAAAAGCUCAUAACAAUGAAUAAUAAUACAGAAUAAUUUAUAUUAAAGUGUUAUAUUCUGGAAGACUACUUGCAAAAUAUGAACUUUCAGUUUUAAUAACUCAAUCAUUAGAAUAAAAUACUUCAAAGUGAAAAAGAAUAAAAUAAUUAAAUAGAUCUGAAACAAAAGCAAAAUUAAUAAAAUAUGGAGCAAUAAAGUUUUACAAACAAAGAUUUUGUUUCAAUUUAAAAAAAUGAUGUGAAUAUUUAAACAUAAUAAAUUGAGCAAAGCACUCAAUAAUUAAACCAUUCUCUUCAACCUUAAACAGAAGAUGAGAUUAUUAACCCAAAUAGAAUUGAAUAUUAACAAGAACAUACCUAGUCAAUCUAAUAAGAAAAUUUAUAGUCUAAUAAAUUAGAAGAACAAUCUUAAGAGAGGCCAUAAUAAAUCUUCGAAUCAAUUUUAUCUAGAAGUUCACUCCGUUUGGAGGAUAGAAUGAAUUAAGGAUCCAUUUUCAUAGAGUUUUUCUAAAAUUGUAUGAAUUGUGGUAAAAAAAUCGAAGAUUAUUCAAUUAUGUUAAGUUGUUGUCAUGUGUUUCAUGAAAGUUGCUUAAAAGAGAUUUUUAAAUCAUAAAUUGAAUAGAAAAAUUCUAUUUUGUAAUGCUUAUGUAAUUAAAAAAUAUUACAUGCUAGAAAUUUUUUAAAAAAAUUAGAUAUAGAGGGAUAUUUUUAGGAAUUGCUAAAGAACUAAAUUAAUAAUAUAAGAUAAUAAAAUAAUAAAAGGAUAAGAAAUUGUACUAAUUAGGCUUGCAAUUUCUUCAUGAUUAUACAAUAAAAUUUAGGAUCUAAAUCAUUCUGCCCUAACUGCUUGAUGAUGGUAAAUAUAGAUUCACCUUAAUGA